AAUGUCUGAACUUCAUAGCUCUCUGCACCUUCCUGUGUUAGAUUUAACACAACCGAUUCAUUCCUCUGUUCUGUCUUCUCUUUCUCAGGCCUGCAAAGAGUGGGGAUUCUUCUAUGUCACCAAUCAUGGAAUCUCUAAAGAGAUGUUCAACAGAAUCUAUUCUUUGUCAAGAGAUGUCUUCAGUGUUCCUCUUGACUCAAAGCUCAAGCUUGCUCCCUUUUCUUAUACCCCUCGGUACAUCGCCUCUCCUUAUUUUGAAAGCCUCGUUGUCUCUGGACCUGAUUUCUCCGGCUCUGCUAAAGCAUCUGCUGAUGUUUUGUUUCAAGAUCAUGAUAAGCCAGAGUUAAGGGAAACACUGCAAGAAUAUGGCGAUAAAAUGGCGGAAUUGUCCAAAAGACUCGUGGAGAUACUCUUGAUGAUGACCUUGGGAGAAGAAACUGGGACGAGAUUCUACCAAAAUGAGUUUAGAAAUUGUCAUGGAUACUUAAGACUAGUGAACUACACGCCUCCACAAGACGUAGAGAAGCAAGAAGAGCUUGUUGAAGGUCUUGGGGUGCACACGGAUAUGAGCUGCAUAACAAUAGUCUAUCAAGAUUCAGUUGGUGGACUUCAGAUGAGGUCAAAGGAAGGGAAAUGGAUUGAUAUAAAUCCGUGCGAGGAUCAGCUUGUUGUCAACAUUGGAGAUCUUAUGCAGGCUUGGAGCAACGGACGGCUGAGAUCGUCUGAACAUCGAGUUGUAUUGAGGAAGCAGGUUAACAGAGUGUCUCUGGGGUUUUUUCUCUGUUUUGAGGAUGAGAAAGUGAUACUUGCCCCGCAAGAAAUUGUUGGGGAGGGGAAUUGCAGGAGAUACAAGUCGUUCAAGUGUUCGGAGUAUCUGAAGUUCAGGCAGAGUAAUGAAGUAGGGAAGUUUGAGAAGAUUGGUUACACUGUUAAAGACUUUGCUGCACUAACACUGCUUGAACAUGAUGAUCCUUGAGAGAAAAAAACUAGUAUGUCAGUUGAGAGAUUACUAAACCGGUUCCCGGUUAUGAAAGGGAAAGCUUAUACAAUUUGUGUGACUUGUGAUUGAGUGUCAUGCAAUAUUAAAAUAACAGCUAGUGGAAUCA